CACCGCUUUACAACUAUCCUUCGGAACAACUAGACUACAUGCACUCGCACUCGUAUCCUCAAUUGCUCUUCUCCGCUCUGUGGAAGUUGGAGAAAUCCCUAGGCCUCCCAGCCAAGCAGUUAGCCAUACCCGGAUCCCCACCAGGCCUCGCCUGUACUUCCUCAUUUGGGUGUGCCGAAGCUUGUUUUCCAACCUCACGGCAUCGAGUCCCAGACAUUGAUUCCUGUUACCUCACGCCAACGCAGCCCCUUUUCCUCUUACCUAAGUGCGCUCGUGUGAUCUCCUGCAGCUCCUAUAUAUGUCCGGCCCGACCUCCACUCCGGACUGGAACUCGAAGAACUCGAGAUCAAAUACAAAUCGCAACAGCUCGACCUACGGCUCGAUCAGCAACGGCAAUGGUGGCGACGUCUCCCCGAAGCGCAAGUCUUCGCAACAUAUUCGGAUUCCAGAGCAUCUUCAGCGGCCGCAUCUAACUGGCAGCCAUCGCAGCUUGAGCGAUGCGUUGCGCGCGGUGAGGAGCAGAGAGGAGCAGGAUGCGCUGCUAAGCGAUGAUGAAAUCGCGGACCGAGACGGCUGUCUGAGGGAAGAUGGCGGGAUGCCUGGGCCGAGGCAGGUGUUCUGUCCGGAUCCGCAUUCUGGGCUGAAUGUCUACUUCAACAUCCAGCGGAUACGGAGGCUCGUACUAGCCAGCAUUGAGGAUCCUUAUACGGUGGAUCAGCUCAAGGAGCCCCGCAUGAAUGUGUUGAUCGUGAAACCACUUGUCGAUCGGCUGUACGACGAGGAAGAUGUGUCCAUAGUGUAUUGCCUUCUUGUCAAUAGGAUGCAGUUCCUGCGGGAGCAACAUUGGCAGCAUCACCACCAGACCGUAAACCUCACCCGAGCCAAUCUAUGUGAGAUCGUCGCUACGAAGGUCCUGCGAAAGCACGAUGAGGAGAAUGUCGGCAAGACGGGCUUGCUUUUGCUAGCCAAAAUCUUGGUCGCACCUUUCCAGCCCUUCCAGAACGCGCCACCCGAGAUACAACCAGAACGAAGUCAUUGGCAGUAUCAGAGCCAGGGCGGCUACGAGGGCAAAUUGACCGCGCUGGAAGUUGCCAUUAUUUCGGAAAGCAAGAUGUUCCUCAGCGGCUCCGCCUCUCAAAAGGUCAUAGAUGCCGUAUACCGGGGAAGGAUAGUGUAUACGCCAACAUCAUUCCUCGAUAUCUUGCCGGACCAUUACAAGCACAAACCAAUCUCGCUAUACGAUCCGCGUCAAGCGCCGCUGCUCAACCAGUAUCGUCUCAUUGUUCCCCGGACGCGCAACAUCCUCGAAGUAACUCAGUUUCUGAUCCUUCUAGGCCUGUACUGCCUCUGCAUGAUGCGACAAGACCAUGCUGUCUUCACCUCCGCGGAAGCCUUGUUCCUUGUGUAUGCGGCAGGCUGGACGUUAGAUGAAUGCGCGUCGAUGCUUGAGCACGGCUGGCAGGUCCACACGCAAGAGCUUUGGGCUUUUCUGGAUGUCGCUUUUGUGGUGGUCUAUAUAGUGUAUUUGGGCGUCCGGAUCUUUGGCUGGGCAGUGGGCGAUGUCGACUAUGGAAGGCAGGCACUUGAUAUUCUCGCCAUUGCCGCCCCGAUCCUCUUCCCACGCCUGGCCUUUAACCUCAUGCCCGAGAACAUGCUCUUCAUCGCUUUGAGAGCUAUGAUGAAAGAGUUCACCGCGUUAACGAUUAUCGCGGUAUGGUGCUUUGGUGGGUUUCUGCUCGCGCUGAAGUGGCUCAGCAUGGGUAGUUCUAAGGUCGAUUUCAACGAUUCACCUGGUCCAAUCACGAUCUCAAAGUGGAUGUUGUGGAUCUGGUUCGGUUUGGACGGCACUGGAAUCCAAGAGGCGCCGGCCUUCCACGAGAUCCUUGGCCCUGCUCUCAUGGUCAUCUACGCGUUUCUAGGGAACACCCUGUUCCUAACUGUUCUCGUCUCGAUACUCUCCAACACCUUUUCCAAAAUCGCCGCCGACGCAACAUCUGAGAUCCAAUUCCGCCGCGCGGUCUCGACUUUCGAAGGGGUGAAGUCAGACUCGCUAUUCGCCUACUUUCCCCCCUUCAACCUCUUUGCAUUCGUCGUCUUGCUACCGUUAAAGUUUGUCGUCAGUGCGCGAUGGUUCCACAAGAUCAACAUAACCAUAGUCCGAAUCCUGAAUGCUCCUCUCCUCAUUGCGCUUGGAUGGUACGAGCGCAGAGCGCUGUGGAAGCCCGUGCGGAAGAAGACUAUUGGAGGACCUUCCAAAAGAGUCAAGUGGGGCUUCUGGAGUAACUUCAAUGUGCACGCCGAUAUUCAAGCCGUGUUCGAAGAGGAGCCGCCGCAAGAGGUGCUUGACAAGAUCGAAGAGGAGGACGAUCUUGAGGACGCUAUUCUUGAGAAUAGUUUUGCAGGUUUGAGAGACAGGAGUAUGAGUCCAGGGAGUGUCCGACCGAGGAGGAGGAGGAGGAGGUUGAGUAGUGUUUGGCAGGAGUGACCUGUUUUGUUAAAUGUCUGCUAAUCCGGCGUAGGCAGUCGUUGCGUGGGAUACUGCUAGCUUGCGCUGAUAUCGAAGCGUGCGGCAAGGUUUCGAGUCAAGCGUCAUGUUCUGCAGUCCGGAGGGAUAAUCAGUUUUCCGUCUGGUGAAUGAAUUAAAGCUUAUUCCUUCC